AUGGUGGGGAAGGUCCGGGAGGGCUGGAGUGGCCACCAGCACCGGGUCGGGGGUCCCACCUACGGGGAUAGACCUGCACAAAGCGACUUUGUUUGUUUGUUUGUUUCCCCGGAUGAAAAAAAGUCCUCAAAGGGAAACAGUUUUGCCUACCUGGAAGAGAAUGAAGAGAAAAUUAAAGAGAGAAAGAGGCAUUUGGGAGACACAAAGCACUUCUGUCCAGUGGUUCUCAAAGAAAACUUCAUCCUACAACCAGGAAGCACAGAAGAAGUCGCUAAAUAUCGAGAGAAGACCUACUAUUUUUCAAGUUCUGAGGCUAAAGAAAAGUUUCUGGAGCAUCCUGAGGACUAUGUGGCCCAUGAGGAACCCUUGAAGGCUCCUCCCUUGAGAGUAUGCCUUGUUGGCCCCCAUGGCUCUGGCAAAACUGUGUGUGGAAGACAGUUGGCAGAAAAAUUGGACAUUUUUCACAUUCAGUUUGACGAAGUUCUUCAGGAAAAAUUACUGCCCAAAACUGGAAAGAAAGUUGGACCUGAAUUUGAGGAAGAUUCUGAGGAAGAACAAGUUGCCAGACAAGAACUUGAAGAGCUUGCAGUUCAGGCCAAUGUUAAAAUUGAGGAAGAAAACACCAAGAAGCCGCCUCCAGAAGUCCAACUGACUGAAGAGGAAGAAAUAAUCAAAUCCAGUCUAAUGGAAAAUGAGCCACUGCCGCCUGAAAUUCUUGAAGUAGUUCUCUCGGAGUGGUGGCUUAAGGAACCAAUACGAUCCACAGGUUUUGUUCUAGACGGUUUCCCUCGAUAUCCUGAAGAGGCCCAGUUUCUGGGGGAGCAUGGAUUUUUCCCAGAUGCUGUUGUUUUUAUACAAGUUGAUGAUCAAGAUAUUUUUGAUCGCCUCCUUCCUGCCCAAAUUGAAAAGUGGAAACUGAAACAAAAGAAGAAAUUGAAAAGGAAAAAACUUAUGAAUGACUUAAAGGCAAAAAUCAAGAGUGAUAUGAUUGCUAAAAGAAAGGCUGAACUCAUACUAGAGAAAGAGAAAAGAAGGAAAGAUGAUACUGCUGCUAGAGAUGAUGAAGAGAUCAGUGAGGAAGAGCCUGAAGACGAUGAAGAUGAUAUUGACAACAUCCUUGAAGAUGAGUUUCCAAAAGAUGAGGAGGAGAUGGGUGAAGAGGAUGAAGAACAGGAAGUCGAUGCAAUAGAACGCCUGAGAGGGGAGCUGGGAGAACAAUUCGAAGCAGAAGUGAAUAAUUUACAAAUAAUACAGGAUGAACUUGAGAGGUCUUUGAUACCAAUAAUUCUCAUUAACGGAGCUCGAAAAAUUCACAUUGUACAAUAUAUAUUAAAUUUGAAACUGAAACCACUGGUGGAAAAUCGUGCAAGCAUCUUUGAGAAAUGUUAUUCAAUACCAGCACACCUCGCCCAGAAAAUGCUCGCCUUUACCUACAAGUAUAUAAGCUCAUUUGGCUAUUGGGACCCUGUAAAGCUGAGUGAAGGAGAGACAAUCAUGUCAUUUGAAAAUUCAGAGAAUCCAGUUUAUCCUGUAAUUCAUCGUCAGUAUAUUUAUUUUUUAUCUAGUAAAGAAACUAAAGAAAAAUUUAUGAAGAACCCAAUCAAAUAUAUCCGCCAACCCAAACCUAAGCCUACUGUGCCCAUUAGGAUUAUAAUUGUGGGGCCUCCCAAAUCUGGGAAAACCACAGUUGCCAAAAAAAUUGCAAGUGAAUAUGGCUUAAAGCGGCUAUCAAUAGGAGAAGCUUUGCGUUACAUAUUAAACAACUACCCAGACACAGAGCUGGCACUCAUGUUAAAUUGGCAUCUUCAUAAAGGAAUGACAGCGCCUGAUGAACUGGCUGUUCAAGCCUUAGAGCUUUCCCUGAUGGAAAGUGUGUGCAAUACCACAGGUGUUGUCAUCGAUGGAUAUCCUGUAACUACACACCAAAUGAGCCUUCUGGAAGCUAGGUCAGUCAUUCCCAUGGUCAUCUUUGAGUUGAAUGUACCUUCCAAGGAGAUUUUCAAAAGAUUGCUCCUGGAAAAAAAAAAUCAACAAAGUUUGCCUUACCCUCUGCACAACAGUGCACAGAUUAUAGCUGUGAAGAAUGCAAAGUACCGUAAAAAUAUUGGUGAGAUUAGGCAAUAUUAUCAGGAACAGCACCAGAACUGGUAUGUGAUCGAUGGAUUUCACAGCAAAUGGUGGGUCUGGAAUGAAGUCAUUAAGAAUGUCCAAAUGGUGAAUAAAUACUUGCAGACAUACCUGGAAAAAAUAAAAGCAGGGAAAGCUGCCUGCAUUGACAAGUUAUGCAUCACACCACAAGAGCUGAUUUCUCGCCUGGGAGAAUUUGGACAGUUCUGCCCCGUCAGCCUGGCAGAAUCACAGGAACUAUAUGACUGCUCUGUAACCAACUCCCUGGAAUUUGCAGCAGAGUUCAGGGGGCACUAUUAUAAAAUGAGUUCUCGGGAAAAACUGAAUAAAUUCUUGGAGCACCCAGAAUUGUACGUGCCACCCCUGGCACCCCAUCCUCUCCCACUCGCUGACAUGAUCCCCAAGAAGCUGACGUUGGCACAGUUGAAGAGUCGCUUCCCUAAGUGCGCUGAGCUGCAGGGCUACUGCCCAGUAACCUACCAGGAUGGGAAACAAAGAUAUGAAGCCCUCGUGCCUGGUAACAUUAACUUUGCGUUAGAAUAUCGUGAUCGUAUAUACAUUUGUGAGAGUAAAGAAAAACUCCAGAAAUUUUUGAGGUCGCCACUGAAAUACUGGGACCAGAAGCUUCCACGCAAACUUCCCCCGCUAAGACAGCCGAUCUCUCUUACCAGCCUUCCUUUGCCUGGAUAUCUGGAGCAGGGUAUUGCAACCUCUCUAAUUAAAGCAAUGAAUGCUGCAGGAUGCCUGAAGCCCAAAUUCCCCUUCUUAAGUCUGAGAAGAUCCGCACUACUGUAUAUAGCAUUUCAUCUAAAAGUUCUGUGACAUUUUCUACAGCAUUUUAAUCCCAAAGGCUCUGAAUACACAAGAAAAAAGUAUAAGAAGAAGAUGGAGCAGUUUUUGGAAAGAUGUGAACUCAUAACAUACCUGGGUGCCAAGAUGACCAGAAAAUACAAGGAACCUCAGUUUAGAGCCAUUGACUUUGAUCAUAAAUUACAGGUCUUUCUCUCUCUCAGAAAUAUAGACCCAGUUAAUGGUUAGUUUAUUCAGGUAACAGCAACCUGAGUCUCAAGUUAUCUCAAAGUGACAGAGGGAAGUUGAAAGAAGUAGACUGGAAACCUGGCCCUCUGUGAAGUAUGUUUCCCUCCUGAGAAAUGGCAGCCAGAUUUCAGAUGGACUCAAAGGUCCACCGCCCAGGAAGGUGUGCUCUUUUGUAAGCAUAAGUUUGCAUCCAUUUCUAAAGUUUAUUGCUCUUUGCCUGAACUUUGAUGCUUUAACAAAACAGACAUUCCAUUUAGAAUUCCAUCUAAAAUGUUUAAGUAACAUAUUUAAUGUAUUAUUUUCCUUCUUAACAUUUUCAGUAGAAAAAUCAGUCUCUGCUUAAGAAAAUUGCUCAUUAAAUGUUAGACACUUCAAGAGACAAAAUUAACAUGGUUAUUUAUAAAACAAA